AUGUCUGAGUACAACAACCUCUUCGACUUCAGCGCUUAUGAUUCGGGCCUGCUCGCCUUUGGCCCUGAUCAACUUGGCCCCUCCCCUAGUCUGGACCACUCACAGGCUCGGACUGCACCGUUUGAACUCUCCAUUGGCUUAACGGAGGGUGACAUAGCAGCACAGCUGCAGACCUACUCCGCCCUCCACCAGCACGCCAAGCAGGCUGAGCACCAGGCGUACAAGUGCAAGUGCGGCACGGGUUUCAACAAGCACUCGGCCCUUGAUCGCCAUAUUAAGACCAAAGACGCGCCAAAGAAUUUCGCCUGCACUCUGUGCUACGAAAAGUUCAAUCGGAAGGACAAGCUCCAUGACCACUGCCGACAUUACCACAAGGUCACGGACGAAGGACUGAGGGCACUGUUCAAUAUACAGGAGGCGAGGCCUCGCGCUGCUGCCAAUCGUCGCCGUCGGGGUCCUGUCCCGUUGGCCGCAGCCUCGUCGGGAUCGGCUCCGCCUCCAACUCCAGCGCCGAUUUCUGUUUCUGCUGGCCUCUCUGCUUGGGGACCAGAUGUGAAUGCUGGGCAGCGAUUCGCCAAUCUCCCGGCUAGGCAUUUCAUCUCGGCCGAGCCUUUCCUUCCAGCUGGUCCUCCUGUCCCGGCUGCAAACCCCUUCACUUCCGCUCCUGUUACUGACGAGGACUUUGCUGACCUGGCCAACGAGAUCUUUGGGGAUGGGACCUGGGCCACGAACUUUGACGAUUUGACUUUCUGA